GCCCUGGCAGUUGGGAGCGCGUUCGGCCGUUAACGUCCCCGAAGCGGGUUGGGCUCGAGCCGUGGAGCUCGGCAAGCGAGCCAUUGCCCAUUAACUGUAAACUCCCGGCAUCCUUUGCGCCUGUGCGCGCCUUGUGCGACUCCUGACCGCCAGUCACCUGCUGCGAGUCUCAGCCGCUGUCCGCUGAAACCCCCACCCGUGUUCUCACCGCCCCAAUCUUAGGGGCAUCCCUUGCUUAUUAUUAAUUAGCUCUAAUUAAUUAAUUAGAAGUUGCCUUCGUUAAGGAUGAGUUUUUGAGGGCAAAGACCUCCAUUUUUUCAAAAAAAUAUUACGUGUUUUAUUACGCAUGAAACACUGCGUGAGCCCUUUUAAUUACAGCGCGUUCUCUAUUUCUAUAAACACGCAGAGAUUAUUUGUAUUUGUAUGUCGUCUCCCCCGUUAGAUUGUGGGCUCCCUGUGGACAGGGAUGGCCUGGAGGCACUUAGAGGAAGGCCCCGCACCGUUUGAGGUGCAUUACUUACUGAGACUUGUUUUCCUUUGUUGUAAGCAAUUAAUAAAUGCUUGUUAAUCGAUAGAAUUAAAACCCGUAGUGAUUGGCCUGAUGAUGAAAUUGGUGAAAUGACAUGAAAAUAAAUCCUAGUUGGAGACAGUCUUGGGGCCAUUGUCUGCUGGGAGGAGAGAUAGCCAGUGCUGUUGACAAACCUGUUUUAGGGUCAGUGAGUCAUGUUUGUUACUUCGAGAUGGCUUAAUAGUCUCAUUAGUGGCAUAUUGCAUCAAAUUUAUAUUUUCAGUGAAUCCACAAAUCAGUAAUGAAAUAGAAAUCAAGUAUGAUUUUUAGUUUGACAUUUUGGGUUUUUUUUGUUUUAGCAAACAUUUGAAAGGAGCUUUGGACUGGAAGGAGAAUAUUUGGGGUUUAGAAACUAUGUGGUCAGUGUUCUCCUUGGAGCAACAGCAGUCCUUUAUUUAAAAAAAUGUUUUUUAUUAUUUUCAAUAUGGUUGGUUUCUUUUGUAAUUUUUUUUUUAGUGAACUUGUGAAGGGAUUGGUGGACUGAUUUAUCACCAGUUAACCAAAGACAUCAAAGAUUAAUGACAAAAUUAAGAUUUCCCAAUCUCUUUCAAUUCUAGUGCCCUCCAUCUGUCGACUUUUUCCUAUAGUCCACUUAUAACUUGCUUGUUCAUCAUUAUUUGAUGACAUGACAAAAAAGAUUAAGAAACUGUAUUCUAUAAUUUGCCAUCUCAUGGGGAGCCUAAGAGCCUCCCCUGUGUCAGGCACUUUGUAAAAGCUGCAUUAUAGUGAUUGAGGGUUUGUGCUCAAGCAAGAAAGCCCUCUACUUCAGAAGCUGGGACAUGAGAUAAAAAUUAUAACAAUGUCUGUUGAAGUGAAAUGAAGUACUCUUGGAAGCUUUUAUGUAUUUCAAUAAACACAGCUUUUCCAGGAUCAGAGCAGGUACAUUCAUAAUCUCAGAAUUACCUCAGGAAGGAAGACCGGCAGAACAAGAUUUGCCUCCAAAUGUUGAUACUGGCAAUUUGAAAAAAAGAAGUUGGAAGUUAUUAUUCCCUGGGAUAGUUGGUGGGACACUAGUAGCUGUGUAUGCAGUUGCUACUCCUUUUUUAACUCCAGCCCUUCGGAAAAUUUGUUUGCCUUUUGUACCUGCAACUUCAAAUCAGAUUGAAAAUGUUCUGAAGAUGUUACGAUGUAGAAGAGGAUCCCUAGUAGAUAUUGGUAGUGGUGAUGGUCGUAUUGUCAUUGCUGCUGCAAAAGAAGGAUUCAGAGCUGUUGGUUAUGAGUUAAAUCCUUGGCUAGUUUGGUAUUCCAGGUAUCGUGCUUGGAGAGAAGGUGUCCAUGAUGUUGCAAAAUUUUAUAUUUCAGAUUUAUGGAAGGUUAGUUUUUCACAGUAUACAAAUGUAGUUAUUUUUGGAGUGCCUCAGAUGAUGCUGCAGUUGGAGAAGAAACUUCAGCUAGAAUUAGAAGAUGAUGCCAGAGUUAUUGCUUGCCGAUUUCCUUUUCCACACUGGAACCCAGAUCAUGUUACAGGAGAGGGGAUAGAUACUGUAUGGGCAUAUGAUUCUAAGACUUUUAAAGGAAGUAAAAAGAACUGCCCUAAACCUAUGCCAAAUGUGCAUUUGUAUUAAGUCAUCCAAGUGAAGGCUUUGUUUAAAGCAGAGUUCUUGAUUGUUUCUGGUAUAAAGUACAUUUACAUUUAAUACUUUUGUAAUUUACUUACAAAACUGUACCUUAAUAAAAACUCACAUUUUUAA